AACGCAGUCGUUUUGAGACUGUGUGUGUGAGAAAAUGGCUCUGUUUGGAGAUGUUGUUCUUUUGGGGUUUCUCUUCUGUUUGAGCUUAGUGGCUACUGUGAAUUCUGACGAGGGAGCGACGUUGCUGGAGAUUAAGAAGUCAUUCAAAGAUGUGAACAAUGUUCUUUAUGACUGGACAGCUUUACCUUCUUCGGACUAUUGUGUCUGGAGAGGUGUGACUUGUGAAAAUGUCACCUUCAAUGUUGUUGCUCUUAAUUUGUCAGAUUUGAAUCUUGAUGGAGAAAUCUCACCUGCUAUUGGAGAUCUCAAGAGUCUCUUGUCAAUUGAUCUGCGAGGUAAUCGCUUGUCUGGGCAAAUCCCUGAUGAGAUUGGAGACUGUUCUUCUUUGCAAAACUUGGACUUGUCCUUCAAUGAAUUAAGUGGUGACAUACCGUUUUCGAUUUCGAAGUUGAAGCAACUUGAGCAGCUGAUUCUGAAGAAUAACCAAUUGAUAGGACCGAUCCCUUCAACGCUUUCGCAGAUUCCAAACCUGAAAAUUCUGGACCUGGCACAGAAUAAACUCAGUGGUGAGAUACCAAGACUUAUAUACUGGAAUGAAGUUCUUCAGUAUCUUGGGUUGCGAGGAAACAACUUGGUCGGUAACAUUUCUCCAGAUUUGUGUCAGCUGACAGGUCUUUGGUAUUUUGACGUGAGAAACAACAGUUUGACGGGUAGUAUCCCUGAGACGAUAGGAAAUUGCACUGCCUUCCAGGUUUUGGACUUGUCUUACAAUCAGCUAACUGGUGAGAUCCCUUUUGACAUCGGCUUCCUGCAAGUUGCAACAUUAUCAUUGCAAGGCAAUCAGCUUUCUGGGAAGAUUCCAUCAGUGAUUGGUCUCAUGCAAGCCCUUGCAGUGUUAGAUCUAAGUGGCAACUUGUUGAGUGGACCUAUUCCUCCGAUUUUGGGAAAUCUGACUUUCACCGAGAAAUUGUAUUUGCACAGUAACAAGCUGACUGGUUCAAUUCCACCUGAGCUUGGAAACAUGUCAAAACUCCAUUACCUGGAACUCAACGAUAAUCAUCUCACGGGUCAUAUACCACCGGAGCUUGGGAAGCUUACUGACUUGUUUGAUCUGAAUGUGGCCAACAAUGAUCUAGAAGGACCUAUACCUGAUCAUCUGAGCUCCUGCACAAACCUAAACAGCUUAAAUGUUCAUGGUAACAAGUUUAGCGGCACCAUACCUCGAGCAUUUCAAAAGCUAGAGAGCAUGACUUACCUUAAUCUGUCCAACAACAAUAUCAAAGGUCCAAUCCCAGUUGAGCUAUCUCGUAUCGGUAACUUAGAUACAUUGGAUCUUUCCAACAACAAGAUAAAUGGCAUCAUUCCUUCUUCCCUUGGUGAUUUGGAGCAUCUUCUCAAGAUGAACUUGAGCAGAAAUCAUAUAACCGGUGUAGUUCCAGGCGACUUUGGAAAUCUAAGAAGCAUCAUGGAAAUAGAUCUUUCAAAUAAUGAUAUCUCGGGCCCAAUUCCAGAAGAGCUUAAUCAAUUGCAGAAUAUUGUUUUGCUGAGACUGGAAAAUAAUAACUUAACUGGUAAUGUUGGUUCAUUAGCCAACUGCCUCAGCCUGACUGUAUUGAAUGUAUCUCACAACAACCUCGUAGGCGAUAUCCCUAAGAACAAUAACUUCUCAAGAUUUUCACCAGACAGCUUCAUUGGCAAUCCUGGUCUUUGCGGUAGUUGGCUAAACUCUCCCUGUCAUGAUUCUCGUCCAACUGUACGAGUGUCAAUCUCUAGAGCAGCUAUUCUUGGAAUAGCUAUUGGGGGACUUGUGAUCCUUCUCAUGGUCUUAAUAGCAGCUUGCCGGCCGCAUAAUCCUCCUCCUUUUCUAGAUGGAUCACUUGACAAACCAGUAACCUAUUCAACUCCGAAGCUCGUCAUCCUUCAUAUGAACAUGGCACUCCACGUUUACGAGGAUAUCAUGAGAAUGACAGAAAAUCUUAGUGAGAAGUACAUCAUUGGGCAUGGAGCAUCGAGCACUGUAUACAAAUGUGUUUUGAAGAACUGCAAACCAGUUGCGAUUAAGCGGCUUUACUCUCACAACCCACAGUCAAUGAAACAGUUUGAGACCGAACUCGAGAUGCUAAGUAGCAUCAAGCACAGAAAUCUUGUGAGCCUACAAGCCUAUUCUCUCUCUCCAUUGGGGAGUCUCCUGUUCUAUGACUAUUUGGAAAAUGGUAGCCUCUGGGAUCUUCUUCACGGCCCUACGAAGAAAAAGACUCUUGAUUGGGACACACGGCUUAAGAUAGCAUAUGGUGCAGCACAAGAUUUCGGAAUCGCGAAAAGCUUGUGUGUGUCAAAGUCACAUACUUCUACUUACGUAAUGGGAACGAUUGGUUACAUAGACCCCGAGUAUGCUCGCACUUCACGUCUCACCGAGAAAUCCGAUGUCUACAGUUAUGGAAUAGUGCUGCUUGAGUUGUUAACCCGAAGGAAAGCCGUCGAUGACGAAUCCAAUCUCCACCAUCUGAUCAUGUCAAAGACAGGGAACAAUGAAGUGAUGGAAAUGGCAGAUCCAGACAUCACAUCGACGUGUAAGGAUCUCGGUGUGGUGAAGAAAGUUUUCCAACUGGCACUUCUAUGCACCAAAAGACAACCUAAUGAUCGACCCACAAUGCACCAAGUGACUCGUGUCCUCGGCAGCUUCAUGUUGUCGGAACAACCACCUGCUGCGACAGACACCUCAGCAACGCUGGCUGGUUCGUGCUACGUCGAUGAGUAUGCAAAUCUCAAGACUCCUCAUUCUGUCAAUUGCUCUUCCAUGAGUGCUUCUGAUGCUCAGCUGUUUCUUCGGUUUGGACAAGUUAUUUCUCAGAACAGUGAGUAGUGUCAAUUACUUUUUUCUUAGGAGGAGAAUCUUUAAAACGGUACCGUUUUGUUGCGUUAAGCUGUUAGAAAAUUAAUGUCUCAUGUAAAAAAAUUAUGCACUGCCUUGUUAUUAUUAGACAAGUGUGUGAAUAUAUCCUCAGACUGGCA